CCUGUCGCGGAUGUCCGACUCAGCGCCCUCACCCGCUCCCGCUGCUGCUGCUUCGGCUGCUCCGGCACCGACCGAGGCUGCCGCUGCUGCGCCUGCUGCUACUCCCGAGCAGGCACCCGAGGCAUAUGUCGACCCUCUCCCGCACUGCGGCGGGUUUGAAGAGUACUCCCGCGAGGCCAUGCGGAUCUUCCCGAUGGCGGAGCUGUUUGACGGCGCGCGGCUGGAGCUGAAGAAGCCGAUCAACAUGGCGCCGCAGUUUGUGACCUCGCACACGGUGGUCAUGGGUCAGACGACCGGCGGCGGGGCCGAGGACGGUUCGGAGCAGUACAUGUUUGGGGCGUCGUACGUGUCGCAGGACGGGUCGAUGGCGCUCAUCUCCAAGAUGGAUACUAUGGGCAUUCUCCGCGCACACAUCAUCAAGCAGUGGUCGCCGGCCUUUGUGUCCAAGAUCCAGGGCCGCGUGUCGUCCACGCCGGGUGAGACGGUCCUCAACAUCGAUCUCGACCACAAGGGUGACGACUACGCCGCGCAGUUUAAGCUCGUCAACGACCAGGCGCUGUUCUUCAACUACAUGCAGAAGGUUACUCCCGAGCUCGCCUUUGGCGCGCAGCUCGACUACUACCGCGCCCGCAUGCACUCGAUCAUCUCGAUCGCCGCCCGCUACGCCACCAUGAAUUGGGUCGCCACCGCCAAGGCCAACUCGGACAACGCCCUUACCGUCAACUACAUGCACAAGGUCAACGACUCGUUCUCCAUGGCCACCCAGCUCGACUUUAACGCCAACUCGCGCGACUCGUCGUUCAAGGUCGGCUACGAGUACCUGCUGCAGUCCGGCAAGUUCCGCGGCCAGGUCGACUCGGCCGGCAAGAUCGGCAUGUGCGUCCAGGAGUCGCUCAUCUUUGGCAUCAUGCUCCAGCUCUGUGGCAUCGUCGACCACAAGAAGCAGGUCUUCAAGUUUGGCAUCGGCCUCACCAUCGGCGGUUAAACGACCCCCUCUCCUC